AUGAGACACAAAGGGGCCUCAACACCUCCGGGGGACCCCCAAGGGGGCCCCCGUUGCUCCUUUUGUAAGUGGAGCAGCAGGGAUGCAAGAGGUCACCCUCUGAGGGCUCAGGCGAAAGACAGACACUCCAGACAAAGCAGAGGUCACCUGCUGCUGGUGGCGCUUCUGGCCCCAGUAUUUGUGGAGACGGGGGAAAGCGAAACGGCAGAAGAGGAAGAGGAAGAAGGCGACGAGGGCAAAGAGAAAGGGACGGAAAAAGAGGCAGAUGAGGAAACCGAAAAAGGGGCCAAAGGAGAUGAAAAGGGGGGGAAGGGGGGUCCAGAGGGUUCCAAAGAAACUGGCGAGGACGGAGAAGAUGGCGAGGCAGCAGACACGGAAGACAGCAACGGGGGCAGUGCAAGCGGCAUCAGCCACCAAAAGGACGACGACGCUGACGAAGAAGCAGAAGAGGAAGAGGGUGCAGAAGCAAAAUCAGCAAAAGGAGCCUCGGAAGCCACAGAAGCGCGAGGCCGUCCAGAGCAAGAAGGCAAAGGUGAUGGAGAAGAUGCAGCAGGCAGCCACAAGCCAAACGAUGCAGACCACGAUGAGGUAGGCAGCAAGGACGGGGAAACAGAAGCAGAAGAACCCCAUGAGGAAGGAGGCCACGGCGACAGUCAGAAGAGCCCGCACAAAGACAAAGACACAGGGGAGGCGCCAAAUCCAGACAAAGAUGAAGACGCGGACGGUGAAGAAGAGGCAAAGGCAGAAAAAGGCAAAGACGAAGAAGAUGAAGGCAAAGGCAACGAUAAAGAUAGAGGCGAAGAGGACGGAAAGGGAAAAGAUAAGGACGAGGACGAGGACAAGGACAAAGACAAGGACAAGGACAAGGAAAAGGACAAGGAAGAAGACAAAGACGGAGAUGACAAAAAAGAGGAGAGAAACGAAGAAGAAUCCCCUGGAGGUGACUCCAACAAGCCAGAGAAGCCUGAGGACGAUGAAGAUGACCCACUAGGCCCUGGUGGGGACACGCCAGAGGAAAAAGAAGAGGCAAGGAGAAAAGAGAGAGAGCAGCUAGCCAAAGAAUGCCAGCCUGACAAGGAGAAGCAGGAUAAAGAAAUGCAGAAACAAGCGGCGGAGGCUACUCACGGGGGGGCAACGGAACACGCCGCACCAAGCUCUCCCUCGUCAACGGCAGCAGCAGCUGGAGCAGCAGGAGCAGCAGCAGCUGCAGCUGCAGCAGCAGGCAAAACCGAGAAGGCCAAGCAUGCAUCCCCAGUCCCCAACAGCAAGGAAGUGGAGAGCGACAGUUUACCUCCAGAGCUAUUACAGAAGGUGCAACAGACCGCGGGAAGCCGCACUGCUGAUGAGCAGCAAAAGCUGCUACGUGCUCUGCACAUUGCCCAUGCAGCAGCUCUGAAGCUGAAAAGCAUGGGCAAAGAGCCAACUCCGGAGAAUCUAGUAGAGGCGGGAGUCUCCUUAAAGACCCAAAAGAUGAUAGCUGACGCCCUGGCGGCGGGUCAAAAGCAGCCUCAACAGCAACAGCCAGGACAGCCACCAGCAACAGCGGGGGCCACGCCCUCUCAACAGCUGCCGCAGCAGCAACAGCAGCAACAGCAGCAACAGCAGCAACAGCAGCAGCAGCCACUAGUGCGCAUCGGGUCCCUUGAAUUGCAGACAGGUCACCUGUUGACCAACCCUCCUGGACUUCUGGCGCCCAUCAAUCCUGUGGCAGCAGUCCCAGGGUCCCCAGGGGCCCCGGGUGGCCCUAAUGCAGCUCCUGGGGUCCUUGCUCUUCCGCAUCCUGUGCUGAAAGGGGAUGCUGGGGAGCCGUUGUACCAGCGGCUGGUUGAGAACACUCCCUUGAUGUCUGAGGCGGAGCGCAAAGACCUGUGGGAAGAGAUCAAAGUAGUGCGCCAUGUGGCUAGAAAAUUGGUGGAGAGGGGCCUGCCGCCCAGUGAGGAGAACCUGGAGAGGGCGGGGGUAACUAAGGCGAAGCAGAAGCGGCUGGCCUGGUUUUUGGGUCUCCCAUUCGAGAACGAAGAGGAUAAGCAGAAGCAGCGAUGGGCCUUCAGCGGCAAACACAAAUUCGUGCUUUGGGGGGUUCUGUGCUGCCUAGUAGUAGCAGCAGCAGCCUCUGUGUACUGGUUCAGGAAGAAAGUGAGGAGGAGUUUGAAGCGCAUGCGGCACCUUUACAAAGACGCCUAUUUGCACCGGCUGCAGCGAGAAGCCGAGCACAUCAGGCGACACAGGGAGCAGCGGCAUCUGCAUCGAGAGGCCACGGACACCACCGGGAGAGGCGACAGCCUGAAAGUGCUAAAGCUUAGGACAGGCCUCACUUCUCUGAACUCCCAGCAAACCGGCGAGCCCGGUGUGAGACUGCAAUCGACGCAAACCAACUCUAAGAAACACCUCAGGGGAUUCACACUCAACGGACACCUUUUGAACAAUACUGAAAGCCUAGAAGAGCGUCCCAGCGCCGCUCCAAGCAGGGGCCGUACUUCCACUCGGCAGGGGGAGACUGUCAGAGAGGGGCUUGACACGGCGGAGCCCACGAACAGGGACCGCCAAAGAGUUCCUUCGGUGACGUCAGCUCAGCUCUCCAUGCAGGUCAGGAUGGACACAACAGAAACAAGGACCAUGUCGGGAGAACGGAGCGAGGCCCAGAGGCCCUUGAUCGGAAGGAGUAGCAGGCACCAGUUUCAGGACCGCCAAUAG